UUGUAAAAUGUGGAGCACACUAAUAAUGCACGCACCAUUGGCGAUUCUGCAAGCUGCAACAAAAUCGUCCAACAACCUUCACUAAUGUUGUUUCAGUCGCUGUCCUUCGAAAUUGUUUGAUCCAUCGAUUUAUGCACAACACAAACAAACGUUUUUCUCGUCUACAUAGGUAGGCGCGGGCUAGCGCUGUUUCGGUGCAUAAUGUUGUCAGUACCUGUCUGAAUUUUGCGAUAAAUUUAUCAAAAAGCACGGUGAAAAAGGUCGGCUGCGCGUCCAAUAAGUGUCAGUACGCUGUUGAACUAAUGCCUUUUAUGAAUCGAUAUCUUUUCCUCUGUGUAUUGUCGCCAGUGGUGCUACUGUGUUAGCAUCGUAUGGGUGUUAAUUUCCCACAAUCUGCUGAAUCCGCACGAUUAUUUUCAACAUGUCGCGUUGACAACCGGCUCUCUUCCGUUUGGCACAGAACGUGUUCUGUUGAUUUUGUAUUGUGAUGCCAUUGUUUUUAACAAACACUUUAAUUCAUUCGAUUCAAAUACGGUAACAAAUCGCUAAUAUAAUGUUAUGUUUUGGAAUGGGAAUUGAUUUUUAACUUAUAUGCGCUUUGUGCGAAAAUCAAGUUGUGAGAUUUUGUCAAGAGUGUGUAGAGACUGUAGACAGCAAUACGUGUUUGGUUUUUGGUUUUUUCGUAAGUGUUGCGAUUGUCUGCGUGAAAUCACUUAUAUCUAUAUCGAAGUAAUAUUACUGUAACGUUAAAAUUUUUUCCCUGUCCAUCUUAACAUUGAUGUAUACUUUAUCAUCUAUAUUUGUGCAACAGUUUUCUUUCUGAUUGCCUUAUGAAUGACUUCCGUUGCUGUACCUGUGGAUCACAUAACUCAUUUUAAUAACCACCAAAUCAAUCAUAUCAGCCCGAAUAAUAACGGGAAAAUGGUCAUUAUGGAUCAAGACGUUGAAGUGGCAGCGGAAUCUGACUGCUUUUGGGAGCCGGGAAAUUAUAAACGAACUACCAAAAGGAUCUCGGAUGCAUACGUCCUGUGCAAUGAAUUAAUACAGCUGAUACAGGAACGAGGUGAGAUUGAAGCAAAGUACGCAACAACGUUGCGAUCAUGGUCAAAAAAGUGGAAUGCCGCCAUCGACAAGGGAAACGAGUACGGAACUAUGGCGGCAGCCUGGAAAGCAACGCUGAACGAAGCCGACCGGUUGGCCCUUACGCAUAUUCGGAUGAAGGAGAAAAUGGAUAAUGAAGUGGUCAGCUCCGUCCGACAGUGGCAAAAAGACAAUUUUCACAAAACAAUCAUAAGAGAUUUUAAGGAGAAAAAAGAACUGGAUGAUGCUUUCCGCAAAGCACAAAAGCCGUGGGAAAAGAAGCUGCGGGAUGUACAGAAAACGAAAUCGGAGUAUCAUGCAUGGUGCCAAAAAGAGCGAACCGCGAUAGUCAGGGAGAAAAAUUCUGCAAAAGAUACUUCCAUAUCUCCCGAUCAGAAAAAGAAACUGGAAGACGAUGUGGUGAAAUUUACCGAACAAAAGCAGCAAAUGCGUGACCGCUACGAGAAAAGUUUACGCGAUAUCAACGAAUAUAACGCCAAAUACAUGGAGGACAUGGGCGACGUGUAUGACAAGUGCUCCGAACAGGAACGCCAACGGCUGACCUUUUUCAAGCAGCAGCUGAAGAAUCUCCACCGCUGUGUCGAUAUAUCGCGGGAUGAAAAUGUGCGGGAAAUAUAUCAGGAAUUCUGGGCGACAGUUGACGGCACCGAUCCGGAGAAGGAUCUACGUUGGUGGUCCAAAACGUACGGUAUUGACAUGCCGAUGAACUGGCCCAUCUUCGAAGAAUUUCAGCCGGAAGUGAAGAAUAUCGCCGGCAAGAAGAGCGGCAGCAAAGCGCUGGCCGGUGGUGAUGGUAUAGCACUGACGGGCGUGCAGUAUAAGUUUACCGAGGAUGAUGUGAUACCCCCUAGUCUACCGGUUUCGCCGACCCACGCCGCGGCUGGGACCACUCAAGUUUCGCCGGUAACCGGAUCAGCAACCCUACCGACACAGCCUUUACCCAGUCCAUUUCCCGAGGAAGACUGGGACGAUGAUCUGAACAGUACCGGCUCCCGGGAUGUGGGUGACCCUGGUAUUCCGGUGCGCGCCAUGUACGACUAUAAAGCUCUCGAAGACGACGAGCUUUCGUUUAAAAAAGGCGAUGUUUUUGAGAAACUGGAGGACGAGGAUGAUCAAGGCUGGUGUAAAGGCCGAAAAGAUGGCCGACUGGGACUGUUUCCUGCGAGUUACGUAAAGGAUGUGCCGGGCCAGUAAUAUAUGCUGACAAUCUUGUUCACAAGAGCAACGCACGGUGGAACUGGAGAGUUUUAAAUAUUAACAGACAUGGUGAGAUCGGCCGGAUGUGGCCAGCACGGAUGUAUCUGCAAAACUGUGGAAGUUGUAAUUGGAUAGUGAGCUCAUUAAUUUAGUGCUUAAAAUUGAAGUCUGUUCGAUCUUGAUACGGUAUACUGUCGCUAUUUGGUAACCAUAAGAAAUGGUAAAGCAGACAUAACUCUGGUAGCUUUUGAUCAUUUUAAAUUGCUGGAUAAGAUUGGUUUGAAUAAUAAGUAGUUUGUAAGUUUUAAGUUUAUAACACAUUCAUGGACAAAUAACACCUGUGCAACAACA